GCUAAAGAAGACAACUCACAACAACCCCGUAAAGUUGAGCCAGACGAAGUUCAAAGCCUUUCGACCAACGAUAAUAUCAUUCAUCAGUCAAAAUCAACUUCUGAUGAAAAAAAAGAUGAGGAGCCUGUCGAAGUGGACGAGUUUGGUCGUAUGUUGCGCCGUAAUGGUCGUCAGCGAAAUGAUGACUUAGAUAAUAGCGAUCACAGCGACUAUGAGCGUCACAGAUCUGAAUAUCGAAGAUAUAGUAGUAGCAGUCGUUCUUCACGGUAUCGACCUUCUGACGAUUACUACGAGUCUCGAUCAAGCAAUUAUCACUAUAGGAAACUGCAAUACGACAGCUAUGUCCCAAGACGUUCAGGCUAUUAUAGACAUUCAGAUAGCGAUCGAGAAGACUAUUAUCGCAGUGAUGACGAUAGGCAUAAAGAUCGAAAACGUAUUAGAACAUGGUCACGUAGAUCAUCGGAUAGUGAAGACGAUAAUGAUAGAAGGCCUAAUGGUCGAAGGCGUUCUCAUUCUCGAGAUAGAAGCAUUGGCCCUGAGGGGAGGAAAUGGUCACAAUCUGUACAAGAAGAUCCAUUCUCAACAGCAAGUAAAUAUAUUGACACCGAAUUCUAUACCAGAAAGAUUUAUGUUGGUGAACUUCGAGAUGUUUCUGAGCGUGCACUGCAUAACGCUUUUGAGAGAUUUGGUGACAUUGAAAGUAUUGAUAUGUUACCAGAAAAAGGAAUCGCAUUUAUUGAUUUUGACACUGAAGAAAAUGCCAAUGAAGCUCGUCGCAGAAUGAAUAAUACUUUACUCGGUUCAGGUUAUGUACAAGCGAAACGACCUGAACGAAAUAAGAAUGGUUUUGGCAAUGUACCAUGGAGUGAUGCAGCUACACCUGCGCCACCACCACAGGCUUUUGAUCCACGAUUACAUGGACACAAACGAAAAAUAAUAGCCUAUGAUGAUCUCUAG